AGCAGUCGGAGCGUCGCGGUCCCGCCGCCUGCGGACACAUGCACCCGCCGGCAUCCCCGGGGGCCGACCGCGAUAGGGACAACGCCGAGGCGAGCUUUCUACUCCUAGGUCCUAGGCGCUAGACCGCCUCACCAUCCGCACGCCGCGGCCCGCGAGAAGCCCCGGCCGGCCGGGACGGAAGGAGCCGGGCGGCGGGCCCCGGGCGGUGCGCUAGCCGCCGCCGCUCCCGCCAGCCCCCCUAUGGAUAAGGCGGGCUCGCUGCACACCUCGGUGCCCACGCCGCCGCCCCGGCUCUACCUGCCGCGCAACUUCAGCUGCAGCGCUUGCCUCUAUGGCAGCCUGGCCGAGCAGUGCAAGGGGGGCUGCAGCCCCGACGGCGACCCUGCGCCUCCGCUCGUGGUGCGGGAAGCGGCGGGCGAGAAGCCGCCGCCGCCGCCCCGCGGCCGGGAGCCCUCGCUGCCCGCCGUGCCCCCCAGCCCCACGCAGCGCCGCCGCGCCAAGUCGCUGCCCACGCCCGGCGACCGCAGCCUGCGCCCGGCGCUGCAGCAGAGCCCCUCUCGCCGCAAGACCGUGCGGUUCGCCGACUCGCUCGGCCUGGAGCUCACCUCCGUCCACCACUUCUGCGAGGCCGACCUGCCGCAGGUGCCGCUGACCGCCCCGCCGCCGCCGCGCAACGCCGACCUCUUCAAGACCAGGAAGCCGCCGGCGCUGGGCGACUUGGAGCCGGUGCUGUUCGGGCCGCCGUCGCCGCUGCUGGAGCCGCUCUUCCCGCCGCAGCCCGGCGCCAGCCCCGGCUUCGCGGAGCGGGUGCGGCAGCACAAGGUGAGGCUGGAGUGGGUGCGGGCCGAGCCGGCGGGGCUGCGCGGUGCCGUGCGCGUCCUCAACCUGGCCUACGAGAAGGCCGUGUCGGUGCGCUACACGCUCAACAGCUGGGCCAGCUGCGCCGAGGUGCCCGCCGCCUACCAGCCGGCCGGCCCGGCUGACGGCCUCACCGACCGCUUCGCCUUCCUCCUGCCCCUGGGCGCCGCCGCCGCCGAGGCCACGUUGGAGUUCGCCGUCCGUUACCGCGUCGCCGGCGCCGAAUACUGGGACAACAACGAGGGCGCGAACUAUCGGCUGCGGGGCCGGCAGCGCGUCCUGCCCGUCGCCGGCCUCCCGCAGGACCCCGACAGCACGGCCUGGAUACACUUCAUCUGAGGCGCGGGCAGCGCGGGGGUGGCGGGAGGGCUCGGGCCCCGGGGACUGCGGCCCAGCGCAGGCCUCGCUUCCAGCCACCUCUCUGUAAGUCGCUGGAAGAGAUUUUCCUGAAUUCCGUUUACAGAUGGAUGACUUGUCUUUUUUAUUUCACUAGAAAAGGGGGAAAAUUCUUGUUUAAAAGAGGGGAAGCCUUCCAGGCUGUCACAGGGGUGUCAGCAGGGAGGCCAGGUGCCUGGCUAGUGGCCGAUGUGCCAUUUUCUGCCUCAGUCUCCCGGUGCACUGUGGCUACUACCAAAGCAUCUGCCAGACAAGGCUGUGGAGCGAGGGGCUGCAGUGAGUUUGCAGAAUUUCCCAGUCAGGACCAGGAUCUACAGGUGCAAACAAAUGCUCCCAGGUGCCAGAGGUCAGGACCAUCUGCUGUCACCUCAGCAGGGUCAGGCUCUGGUAAUGUGGAGGGCAUAGGGCAUCCGUCCAGCCAUCCUGUUUACCUAAUCCUGCUUAAGCAAAGCCUGGCUCAGCGAGGUGCUGGAUCCACAUUCAGAGCCACGCUGACCCACUUGUGUUCAUUGCCCUUCGGGUUUGAGGGCUUGAUGGGGCAGGGUUAAGGGACAGGUUUUGUGUUUGAGCUCAAAAAGGCAAGAGUAGGGAUACCACCAGGUGAAACUGUGUUUCAUCAUGCUGUAAAAAAUGAUUGAUUGGUUUCAAGCAAAAGGUAGGUUUUUUAUUUCUUAAAUUUUGAACCAUAUUUCAGGUGUCAAAGCAUUUAGAAGAGUGUCACAUACUGAUUGAACUGCAACCCUCUGAGAGGUUUUAAAAAGAGAGUGUUUUGUUUUAAAAUCCACAUGGUAUGUUGUAAAGGUUUGUUGGGAUCUGCUGUUUGUUUCGGUAGGAUUGGUCCCAUAGAGCUGCUUGUGCUCAGGUCAGCAGGGAAUUUGUGGACCUGCAUCAAAGGAACUAGAGAGGGCAAGAGUUGAAUCCAUCACUUCUGCCUGCACCCCAAGCAACAGUUUCAGGCUUACUCCUGUUAACAGUCUAUUUGAAUUUGUUAUGCAAAGGUAUCAGUGCAGAAGCCAGCUAUCCAAAUUUUAUAAACACUUCCGUCAGUGACUGAUAUCACAAAAAUGGCUGAAUUUAGUCAGACAAAUUGAAGAAAGUCAUAUUUUGCCAUAUAAAAAUAUAUCAAUAAAAAUUACAGAGCAUGCUGUCUUCUGCCUGCAAAGUUCUGGAUUAAAUUAUACUAUCAGUAAACAUAGUAUUUUCCUUUUCAAACUUCCUUUUUCAGCUGAAUUCAGGUUGUACUGGUGCCAAAACUGGGUGCUGAUUUUCCAGGAUUUAGGCAUAUAUCUGUUUGCAGGAUGAGGACAUCUACAAAUACAACUCCUGAGUGGUAAAACCAAUAUCAGUGUGAUUGUGAUGGGCUGUAAGAUCAGAGUUCUAACGUUUUGGGUCUUCUGUAGGACUGAAAUCUGACUUUGGUGGUUUUUUUAACUGUAUUUUUGUGUUCCUUGAAAGGAUUGUGUGUCCUGAACAGCGCAUGUAAUGUCAAGUUCUUGUAAAACCUUUUGUCUUUGAGAGCACCUUUAUCACCUGAGGGUCUGCUACAAUCAGAAUUACAAAUUCUGAAGGGGAAAAAAGGAUCUGCAGACUUGAUGGGACAAGAGUAUUUAAUUUCUCUAGCUCACUGUUUCUAAUUUAAUGGAAAUAAUAGCAAGACCACUUUCUGUAGGAUUAGUAACUUGCUUUUCAUUUCCCAGGUUUUUGAUACCUGUGUUUUGAUAGAAACAGAAUAUUAAAGAACUGCACUGUCAGCAUCUAUUGAGUGUCUCACAUUUUAGAGUAUUAGGGCCCUGAUCUUAUAAAAAAAGUCAUCUUGUCUAUUGCUAGUGCACGGUUAUAAAGCUAGAACUGCAGAACUAGGAUCUUGAAGUGUUCCUGAUUAAAGCAUGUUAAGUGGUGUACUUCAUGAAGAAAGACGAAGUGUCUUUUAGUUAAACUCUUGUUUUUCUUUAUAAGAGCCUUAAUAUUGGAGAGAAGGAAAAGGGCUUGCCUCCAUCUGAAAGCACUGUGAAAUCUGGUGGAAAUACAGCCAAACAUGCUUUAUUUAUGUUUUAGAGCUUUCCAAAACUCCUUGCUUGGCCUUUUUGACCCAAAUGGAGAACUAACAGCUGUUAUAUAGAUUGAGGGAAACUUUGAGGAAAAAACCCACCAGUUUCUAUGCAUUUUGGAUGAACUGAUGCUGCAGCUUUGCUUGUAAAAAUCAAACAAGAUUUGCUGUUUACUGUUUUAAUGGCUUUAGGAACACAAAUGGUGCUAAAACCAUUUUUAACAGUGACUAACUAAUUCUAAAACAUCAAAAUUAUUUUCCAGUGAAUAGCAGUUUUCAUUGUCACUUGAUCUAUGCAGCAUCCACAGGUCUCUUGUUUAAAAAUCUCCUUAUGGCAACUGGGGCUUAAACUCUUAAGUUUGGAGUACCUAAGGGAUAUACCUGCAUCAAGUUGUUGUAUUACCCUUUUUUUUCAGUCAUGACUUAGGGGAAAUUACUGUUGCUCUCAGUUGAAAUUCUGUAGGCAGAAUUGGGCUAUGGCUUUAUUACUCUUUUAUUUAUGGCCUCCUUUACCAAACGCAAACCUGAGUGUCAAUAUUCUCAAAUGAAACCUUCUGGGGGGAUGUACCAUACCAGGAGAAUGUUUUGCAGAACAGUCUUCUGAGCUUUCAAGCAGUUGUGCCUCCCACAGCACUAAGUUUUUUGGAGUAACUUUAUGGGCUUGAACUUGACCACAGAUUAUUGAUGAUAAAUGUGCAAGUCCUGUAAAAGACAAUGGUCUUACAGAAGUGUUUAUAGAUACCUACUCUUGAAAGCUGGGAAAGAUAAGAUUGCACACAGUCAGUUUUGAUUAGAGAAUGAUCUUGAUCAAGUCUGUGAAAGAAGUUUGAGGUGUUUUAAUAGAACUGUAUCAGUGGUCUAUGGCAAAGCUGCACUAUUUGAUUAUAUGUUUUCACUUCUAUCACAUUCAUUUGUUUCCAAGUGAGAUUUAUUCAGUUUUCUAAAAACAUGUUCAGUAACAAUGCUCAUGACUGUCUUCUCCACUGGCAGGCUUUGUGUGCAGUUUCCAAUCCCUUAGAUCUCAAUGUGAUGCUAUCUGUAUGUUGCUUGCCAGAAGCGUUGUGAUAAACAGAAAUGACAUUGAAAUACCAAAUAAUUAAUGUUCACAUUAAUUCAUAUAAAUGAUCACUUUGAGGAGAAAAAAAACCUGUGUUUGAGGAGAGUAACUUUCAAAUUGAUGGGGCAUCAAGUCGUUUUAGUGGGAGCAAGAGAGAACCAGCUUCUUAAAAUCACAUUUCUAAAUAAUAUAGUUUCACAAAAUGAACUUCCAGAGGCAAAGGAAAUAUUUGACAAAAGUUAAGCCAACCUUUUUCUGGAAAAAAAAAAAUGUCUUCUGUUUGUGUUAUUACUUGCAUGGACAGAGCCCUUGUCACCUUCCUUUCCAAGUAAUGCUAGAAUCAUUUAGGUAAGGCAAUGAUCCUUAGGUCAUGUACUUCAGUUUUAAGUGAAUUAUUCAUUACUUUUGUCUCUGCAGAUGUAAAAAUGUCUGUCAGUUGUGCAAAAUUGUAGCUUUAUGCCAUGUGCCAUGUUGUUUUAUGUGCAAUAAUGAUACUUUAUAUGAGUCACAUUGUACUGUAUGUCUGAUGCACACUCAUGUUUGCUGCUUUGCGCUUAACCCGCUAGAUUUUUUUUACAUGGGAUUUUAAGCCAUUCACAGUAACAUGUUUGAAAUCUACCCUAAUUCUCAAACAUCCUGAAAGAAAUCCUAACUACUAAGUGACUGGAAAUGGAUUUUCAGCUAGUGAAAUGUAUUUCUCUUUAUUAGCCUGAAGUCAGUAACUGAACUUAUCACACUCAUUUUCAAGAUAAAUGUGUAAUUUCAGGUAAAUUUAUUUGUUUUCUCCUUUGACCAUUUGCAAGUAACUUUUAGAUGUGAAUGUGUGUGCCUCAAUAUCUCAAUAAACAACAGAAUUAAGUGCACACUCUUUGUUCCAGUGUAUGUGAAGGGAAAAUGUGUCACUCGAAUGAACAAAUGUGUGUUCGUGCAUAGGCAUGAUCUCGUCACAGAUACAUGAAGUGUUUUUCCAUAGCGCCAACAGGCAAACAUUUGUCAGUUCUAUAUUUUAACGUAAAGUAACCUACAGAAAUACCCAGAAUCUGCUUUUUAACAUCACUAAAUAUAUAUUUAAAUUUUUAUGUGCCUUUCAGCAUUUCCUGGGAUGAAAUAUCACAUGUUCCUUGUCUCUCUCACCUAAAGACCACUAAUGGCUUUGUCAUGAAAACAAAAUUUAUACUAAAAAUAUAGUAAUCAGUUCUCAUUCCUGAUACAUUUUCAGCUGUGCCAGAAAUUCUGUAUCUGUAUCAGGCAGAAGAAUUUGUUAGUAUUUUCCCAGAUGACAAAGAAGGAAGUUACAGUCAGAAGUGAGUCUUCCUGGUUUACCUCUACACUUAUGUCAAGUUAAACUGUGACUAGUUAAAGUAAAAAAAUAUAUUUAUUGUAUAUAUUCACCUCUUACAUAGAUACUCUAAAUACAUAGUCUAAUAUAUUCUAUCUGAAACAGAAGUUCUAGUUUUUUAUGAAAUCUUUGUGGGGACAUAGUCUCUUCAGCUUUUCCCAUUGCUUAUCUGAUGCUGCUUGAUGCAUAUCAUUAAAACUUUCAAACAGAUUUAUUCUGCUUGCACAGUUUGUAUGGUGAGAUAAAAGUGCUCACUGUAAGGCAUAUCUGAGGAAAAUAACUUUUGCCUUCCAAUUAUACUGCAUGGCUUUUUGGCAAAUCAUCAGUAAUUCUGUUUCCUGUAUGCACUUCAUGUGUACAUGUUCCUAAUAGAUGCAAAGGAUUACUCACAGAGAUGCAAAUAUUGUGGGGCACUGAAAUUAAGGCUUUUCAGAUGUAAAUAGGUUAAGGUAGGAAGCAAGUACAGCUAUUUUUGAUGUAAAAUAACCCCCCCCCAGCCUUAUGUAGAGCUGAUCAGUAGUUUUUUUUGUUAGAUGGAAGAUAAUAACAUUUUCCAAGAUGAAACAUGUUCAGGGAAGUGUGCCUGUUUCAAUAGGAAGCUUUUCUCAGGUUCAGCUUAAGAGAAAAUUGCCCUGAAGUAGUCAAGUAGAAGGAGUACUUCCUUAAAACUGUGUAUGGAUUUGCCUGUAGGUCUUCUGUGAUCCAAGUGAAUACUGAGCUGUAAACCCAUUGGCUGUUGGUUAGACUCUUAUUCAACUUACAAAUAUGACUUUUAAAUUAUUUUAGAGGGAGGAUUUUUGACCCUGGAUUUCCCCAUCUUGUAUGAAUAACCUCUUGAUUCAGCUGUCCUGGCUUUUGUUUGAGCUUUCCAUUGUUGAGAAAGGUCUAAUUUUAUUUUUAUGCAACAUAGGAAGAUUUUUUUUUUUCAUUAUAUUUUGGGAAGGGGAAGACAAGAAAAUUAUUUUCUUUUCAACUUUAGUUUUUUUCCAAAAUUAAACAGUAGCAUGCAGAAUAAAAAUGUGCUUGAAAUAAUAAAUGCACUAGAGAUUCCAAAGAAUAUAGCUAAGGAAAAUGUCAAAUGUGAGAUGUGCUUUUUUUGACAACAUGUAUGUUUGAUUUAGUAAGGCAGGGAGAAUGUCCUAGUCUCCAGUGCAAGUGUAUUAAUGCCAGGGAUUUCUUACUAUGCAAUAUUAUGGUGCACCUGUGUUUUUUUAGGGAUUCAGAUGGUUGGUAGAGUUGGUGUAUUGGUGUGUUUGUGUACUGAAUAUUCUGUUAAGUGUUGUUAAGGAAACUGUAUGUCUUAAAUAGUGUUGUAUCUUUAGGCUCUCUUUUGUCCAAUCUGAGUCCAUUAAAUCAUAAUCAUAGUCCUUUGAAUAGCAGUAACAAGACAAUAUUUCAUAGAACUGCAUAAUGAAGUCUCACAUAUUCUACUCUACUCUUUAUCACCUUCUAGGACAAAAAGUUGUGUUACAGUUGAGAGGUUUGAAAUGUUUGUAUUUCUGUAUCUUAAAACUAAGCCAAAUUGUGUUACACUUUUAAACUCAAAGAGCUAAUAUAUAUAUAUAAUUUUUAAAGCUGACCAAGAGUACUAAAACUUUAAUUGGUUGAGAUUACUUGUAAGUUCAAUUUCUAAACUGGGGUAUAACAAAUGUUUAUGUACAUCCUGUAAUGGCUUCAUGGAGUUGCACCCUGACAGGGACUUCAUGCCUUUUGAGGUUGAUAAAGAAUGAGCUCUACCUGGGUGCAAAACCUGCCUGCAUCUGUACAUAAAUCCAUGUUGUAAGACAGGAAAAUUGACUGCUGUGACAGAAAAUUACUGUUCUUGGAAUGGUUUAGACAAACCUAACUCCUCCCUUAGAGCUUUACACAAAUUCUUUCUCUCUGUAAUGAAGACGCUGUCUGUUGAAGACAAUGUUGAUUAAGAUGAAAGUUUUUAUUACUGUUUCUCUGAUUUACCUUGACUUUGUUUAAAGUAAAAAGAAGAGUUGUUUAACUGUGUAUUUAACUAGUCAAUUACUUUUGGUUGUGGUUUCUUCUGCGAUGUUUGUAUUUCACCAAUAAUGUUUGUUUCUAAUGUUUGUAAAAGCAAUGUAAUAUCACCAAAAGUUCAAAAGUCAAUGUUUUCUAAUAAUGCCUUGUAAUUUACCUAGCCUUACAGUAUUUCAGACAAUUUUCCACCAAAACAGCAUCUAGCCACUGGUUGUCACAAAUACAAAAACUAUAUAUUUAUAAACCUGUAACUUCUAGCUGUCAUUAAAGAUGAAUGAUACAAAUUGUGA